AUGGACGAAACCAUGGACUACGCAUAUCACCAUCAGGAGGUCCAAGGCCAGGCGCAGCUCCCAUACUCGCAACAGCAAUCCCGGUGCCCCUACCUCAACCGAAAUGAGCAUCAUCAACAACCCCCCAACGCGCAGCAUCAACAGCCGCAGCGCUCGACGAUGCACUACGACCCUGUCCACGCUUCUGCAAACUACUGGCACCCCCAAGGACAACCGCCUUCCUACCACUGGCAGCCUCACAUGCUGGGUCACCGGCCGCAGCUGGUGCCCCAGCAUCGAUCUUCGAACUCGGCCUCGGAACCUCACUUCUACAAUCAUGGACCAGCCUCAAGCUUUGGCAACCCACUGGGUGGCUAUCCGGGUGCUCCCACCACCGAGAUAGGAGGCCCCCAGACCAUGCAUCCGUCCUUCUCCCAUUCACAACUUCCUCCUCCCGUAAGAUACGGUCAUUCAACGCCCCUGGCACCCUCUCAGCCGACCACGUCCCAGCCCUUGUUCGCCCCUGAAAGGGCAUUUGGGCAGAGUACAGCAUCCCGCACCGGUGCCUUCAACGCGCCUUCACACUCUCUGAACACAUCGACACCGUCCCUCACACAAGACUCUUCAGAGCCGAGCGCAGAGCCUCCACGCCCAAGCCAGACCACAACUACAGAGUCCACAGGCACUGCGAACCAAGCGCCUCCUCCCAGUACCAGCAUCCAGUUUGGAUCUGCUCCGCCUUCGUCUGCGUCCCAGCAACACUCGCCUUUUCCCCUCUCACCGUAUAGGGCCCAUCGCUCUGCCCCUUCAGGGCCCUCCUCCACCACCUCCACCACCACCCCAACCAGCAACUUUUUGCCUCCGAACUUGCGUCGAGCCCCGGGAAACCCCCGUCGUACCAUGUCGCGAAGGCAAAGCCCGCCAUCCGAUGGCGAUAUGGACUCUGAAAGAGAGCUGAGGAUGGUGGAGCAGGUCAUCCACGCAAGUGGGAGCUCAGGUCGGCUGGACGGCGACCACUAUAACAUGGACCCCGUCCGCGCAGCUCAGUUCUUGCGUGGCUCGGUCACGACAAAGUACGUGGCAUCGUCAUCGGCCAUACAGUCUCUCCAGAGCGUGCCGAUUUCGGAUCUGCCCGAGGGCGAAAGGACUUGCGUCAUCUGCUAUAACGAGUACGGUGUCGAGACACCAGAAGGCGUCAGAGAGGCCCCGUUGCGGCUGCCGAAGUGCAAGCACGUCUUUGGCGACCAUUGCAUCAAGAAGUGGCUCGAGGACUCGGACAGCUGCCCCUACUGCAGAGACAAGGUGCCCAACGAACCCCGGAUCACGUCAACGAACCCCAACAUCAACAACAUGCUCCGAGCCCGUGGCCAAGUGACCCUGGGGGGAUACGCCGGGUUCAUGAGAGAAAGGGAUGCCAGUUUGUCACAUGAUGACUCUUCCCGGCUGUCGGCAGCCGCCUCGGGCCAUGGCGAGCGUCGCUCGCCUCCGACAGACGGUGGCGAGAGCCGGCGCAGGAUUCGGCCCCGGCAUGGCACCCUUCGCGGACCCGGUUCCCCGCCUUUCUCCGGCGGCUCGCGGCCGGGAUCGUUCGGUGCUUCCGCCGCUAGCCACGAAAACAACCGGAGAUCGCAUGCAGCUGCCGCCGCGAACCGGGCGUACUUGUCGAACACGAAUAUGCCGCCAACCCGGACGAACCACGGCUCUGCUGCUCAGGUCUCCUUCCCGGGAGGGAACACGUCCCAGUACCAGGUCCCCAGCUUCGGCUUGAUAGAGCCAUCGUCGGUAACGCCGUCGAUGCCGCCCUACAUGCAACAUGGAAUGCACCACGGCAGCUCUCACGGUACGCACGGCGCCAGUUUCCCGAAUCCCUUGAACCGAAGCUCUCUGCCGGCGCCUCUCCCCAGUGCUUGGGUUUCCGGGCUUCCUCCUACGUCUGAUGACUCGCAGCGGCGUGUCAUGCCCGGUGAGGGCGGCGCCCAGCUUCAGGCCAGCAAUCAAUGGGGGCAGCAGUAG